AUGCCUUCCACACACAACAGAGACAAGCCUUGGGAUACGCCCGAUAUAGAUAAGUGGAAGAUUGAAGAGUUUACCGAGGCAGACAAUGCGCUGGGCUUGCCGUUUGCGGAGGAGUCGUCAUUUAUGACGCUUUUCCCUAAAUACAGAGAGAACUACCUUCGGUCGAUCUGGCCAGAUUUGACUCAGGCGUUGGACAAACACAGAAUCGCAUGUCAGCUUGACUUGGUCGAAGGUUCGAUGACCGUGAGCACGACAAGAAAGACGUUUGACCCUGCGAUCAUUUUGAAGGCCAGAGAUCUCAUAAAGCUUUUGGCUAGAUCGGUUCCCUUUCCCCAGGCGGUGAAAAUCUUACAGGAUGACGUUGCAUGUGAUGUGAUCAAAAUUGGUAAUUUUGUACUGAACAAAGAGAGGUUUGUCAAGAGAAGACAGCGUUUGGUGGGUCCUAACGGUAAUACGCUUAAGGCCUUGGAGCUUUUAACUAAAUGCUAUAUCUUGGUGCAAGGAAACACUGUGAGUGCUAUGGGCCCUUAUAAAGGGUUGAAGGAGGUGCGUAGAGUUGUUGAAGAUUGCAUGAAGAAUGUUCACCCCAUAUACCAUAUCAAGGAGCUCAUGAUUAAGCAAGAGCUCGCCAAGAAUCCUGAGUUGGCCAACGAAGAUUGGUCGAGGUUUUUGCCAAUGUUCAAGAAGCGUAACGUUGCAAGAAAGAAGAAGGAGACCACCGAGAAGAAGAAGAAGGUGUACACGCCAUUCCCUCCAGCACAGACGCCCAGAAAGGUUGAUUUGCAGAUUGAGAGCGGUGAGUAUUUCUUGGGUAAGAAAGAGAAGUAUUUGCGUGAUCUUCAACAGAAGCGUGCCAAGCAAGAGGAGGUGUCUGAGCAGAGAAGAGUGGAGCGAAACCAGGCAUUUGAAGCCCCCGAGGAAGCUCUGUAUGAGAACAAGUUGAUCGGAGAGAAGCGCAAGCGCGAAGACUCGGACGAUCUGGAGAAGCAAGUGAAGAAAGAGAAGACGGAAAAGAAGAGCAAGGAAGAGGGCAAGGAUAAGAAGGACAAGAAAGAGAAGAAGGAAAAGAAGGAGAAGAAAGAGAAGAAAGAGAAGAAAGAGAAGAAAGAGAAGAAAGAGAAGAAGGAGAAGAAGGAAAAAAAGAGCAAAAAAGGCGAAGAUGACGAGUAG